AUGGCUUCGUUUUAUCCCCUUCUACGGCUUCUGAUUUCCCUUCUAAUGGUAGCACCUCUAGGAGCCGCAGAGGAUGUCAAAUACUUCGUCACAUUUGGAAGCUCGACUACUCAAACCGGAUUUCGGCUUGAUAAGUCCAGACCCUCGGCUUCGAAUCCUUUAGGAAACCCAAGCCUGCCCGGAUGGACAACCAGUGGAGGAUUGAACUGGUUGGGAUAUCUGAUCACUGAGUUCAACGCCAGCACCACCUACUCGUACAACCUCGCUGUUGGCGGUGCCACUACCGAUUCAGCCUUAAUCCCCCCCUACUCGGACACAGUCAAAAGUUUCGUCGAUCAGGUCGAUGAACUCCGCCUAGAGUUUGCCACUAAUCAGCCCUGGGUUUCUGAGAAUUUGCUGGUCGGCGUGUGGAUAGGGAACAACGACGUUGGCAAUUCUUUUGCUCAAGACAACAAGAAGUCAUUGUACCUUCAAACGUCGGCUAAAUACAUACAGCAGCUCCAGAAGUUAUAUGAACUCGGGGCACGGAACUUCGUCAUCCUGUCAGCCGGCCCGCAACACUGGACGCCACUUAUGAUUUCUAAAGGCCCAACAUCUCAAGCCAAGCUAAAGAGUGCCGUCGAACUCUACAACCAUUACUUGAGAAAGGGAUUGAAAUCCUUUACAUCUCAAAACAAACAGGCCCGCGUCUGGUUUGUUGAUUCUGAAAAGGCUUACUUAAAGGCUCUUGAUAACGCGGCUACAUAUGGUGCUCCUAAUUCAACCUGCGACAAUCCCGAUGGGCGGAGCUGCCUGUGGUGGAAUAAUUAUCACCCGGGAACCGCCAUUCAUCGCCUCUUGGCAGAGGAGGUUGCAGGUGCUGUUGGCGGCCCGUGGUUUUCAGGGGAAUCCUAG